AUGGUUCAGAUACGCGACACCGAAGGGUUGACGAGAGCGGCGGCCAGGGGGAACCUCGACGAAGUGCGAAGGAUUCUGGAAGAAUACAGGCUGCAUCCCGAUACGGUCAAUCGGUUCGGCAGGACGGCGCUACAGGUGAUGAUGAUGGGAAACUCUGGUGUCGCCCGUUUGCUCCUGGAAAAAGGAGCUAACCCCAACUUGCAGGACGAGGGCGGGAUCGCUCCGAUCCAUGACGCCGCUCGCUCAGGCUUUGUGGAUACUCUGCGCGUGCUGGUAGAAUACGGCGCCUCGGUGAACGUGGCGGACCGAUACGGUGCGCUGCCCAUCCACUUGGCCAUACGGGAGGGCCACCAUGAAGCCGUGGAGUUCCUGGCGCCGCUCUCUGACCUGAGGCACGCCAACGCCUCUGGCCAGACGCCCGUCGACGUGGCCCGGGUGUACCAUCAGCCCGACAUGAUCCGGCUGCUUUUCGAUCACAUUCGCUCAUAG